AUGAACCACAACUUUUUUGCCUCUCAAGUUUCUCUCCUCCUCGCAUACCAUACCAUGGGCUGUCGCGAGUGUUGCUCCAGCAUUCGCGAGAACAUCCUGUGCUACUGCCUGCUCACCGUCGCGUUCGUCGUGCUCACCGCCGUCGCCGUCAUAAUCGCCGCCUUUGGCGUCCUCCGCCAAGUCACCAUCACCGUGGACGACGCCUCGCUGACCAGGUUCGAGCUCGCGACCGCCCCGGCGACGGGGCUGGCAUACAACCUGUCGCUGGUGCUGGCCGUGCGCAACCCCAACUGGGCGAUGACAAUGACGAACAAGGAGGCGCUGGAGGCCGCCUACUUCUUCGACGACCAGCAGUUCGAGCGCGUCCAGCUCAGCGACAAGGGACACAAGUACGACGCCUCGAAGACGACGCUGCACCGCCUCGUCAGCGGCUCCGACAGCAGCGUCGUGACGCUGGGCAACGCCGGCGUGGCCGAGUUCGGGAAGCAGAAGGCCAAUGGGACGUUCGAGCUGAAAGUGAAGGUGACCGGCAAGUUGAAGUACACGGCGUUCUACACCAACUGCAAGAUAGAGGCUACCUGCAGCCCGAUCAAGCUGAAGGUGGUCGCCCCGUCGUCAGAGAAUCCGGAGCCGGGCGUCGUCGUCCUGUUCGAGAAGGUCAAGUGCACUUUCAGCCCAAUAGCCUGCCCCGACUUCAGCGUAUCCGGAGCCGGAAUCUCUCCCCCGAAUUUUUGACAAAACAGACCACCUACGUGAGUGAAUUGUCAAAAAGGACCACCUCCGAAAAUUAUUGUCAAAAAGGACCACUUGCGUCGUGACGGCACGCGUGCCAGGCAACAUGUGUUGCCUGCCGCCACAG